UUAAUAUUUGCAUGAUCUGACUUGCUUGCCUCUUCUUUUCCCAUUCAUACGAAACAUCUGCCUAGACCUUCCACUGCGAUUUAUUCCGAGCUCUCUCUCACACUCUCACACUCUCACACUCUCAUAGUCACGUCUUAUGUUCUAAGUCUAAUCGGUCAACCCCACGUGAGCCAGUGCGAUAGCAGCCGACCUGAGCUUAACUCACCUCAGUCUAUAAACCGACGUCUACCGAGGCCCUCCCUCUUCACUGCUGUUUCAGAGGCUCUGCGCUGCGUGACCCCUAAGUCCUGAAUAGGCAAGUCAAGCCUUGACCACGGUAGUAGUCCUGUGAGCUUUACCAACCCCGGAUUGUCCUCUCACAUGUUAGUGAGAACCCUUGCACACUAUCACUACCUACCUAGUAGUAACACUCUCUUGAUGACAUUGAAACCUCAUGUCUCAGCUUCCGUGUUCAAAAACUCAUUGAGUGUCUGCAGAUAUCAAUACUUACCCAAUCGUUAGCUCCUCCAAUGGAUCAACAGCAGGAGGCUUCAUCAGCCCAAGGGUCACUCACGGGAGCUGACCGCAUCAGAGCUCUGAAAGAUGAAACUGCCAUCUUCACUGCAUUUGACACAUAUCCGUGGUCAAAAGAUAAAAACUUUAUGGUACCAUCACAUCACAGGAUAUCAGAUGCUCUAUAACUCGGUCACUGACAUUAAUCCCAGUCUGGUCUCUACGCUAUUCUUGGCGAACCAGGCCAGCAAAACCCUCAAGCAUCUCUCGCAGACAUGGCUAUCCACGCUCGAAUAUUCUACUAUGCUCAGCGCAUUGGUGUCAACAUCGACUUCGGCGCCUACAAGGCGUGGCUUGCCAGUAAUCCUGACUAUCAACCCCCAGAUGUUCUGCCUGAGGAAUAUCGUCAGCGAGACGUAGCCGAUGCUUCUCCAGUACCAGCCCUAGAAUGGCAGAAAGCUGCACCAAAGACAGAUCUAUACAUUGAUCGGAAAGCCGCUGCGGCUCAGUCUGGCUCACAAGACCAACCAAGUUACCCAAUGGGAUUCGCCGAAAUGAUUCAACUUAUCCAAGAAGGCAAGCCUGUGCCUGGUAUUCGCCAGAUCCCAAACACUGUUGUCAGAGAUCCCACUGUGAAGCCAAUUGGAGCGAGAGCUGUUCCCAGAAAGCCGUGGGAAAAAGAUACCGCAGUUGACAUGCCUGCUCUCCCAGAUCUACCAAAAGCACUUGACACAGAAUUUCCCCCAGUACAAGACGAUGUACCUGUUUCUUCGGCAGCUGGGGCUUCCUAGUUUUCAGAACGCCAUGUAUCAAUAUCGCAUAGCAUCAAUGGCGUUGGGAGUAGCGAUCGCUGGCAAACAUACACUUGAUUCUGACGUUGGGUGGAACAAAAUCACUGAGGUACUAUAGAUAUGAUGAUGUACUAUCGCAGUAUACGGGAGAGGCAUAAAUUGUAAGAUGAUAAAAGCAUCAAUCGUUUAUUAAAAGAUGUUUAAUAACUACCGUGACGACUCGAGUGCUAAAGGGAGACGCCGAAACCCAGCAUCCGCAUAGAAAAACAACAUACAAAUUCGUGAACUCUCCCCAACC